CUCCCGCGCUACCCAGCCGCUGGGUCUCAGCUUGCUUGUUCUCUGCCGCACGCAUGGAGGGGGUCCCAGUGGUGACGCCCUGUAACGCGGGCCCUGCCAAGGCCGAGGGCGCCGCAGCCAUGCCGCCCCCACCUCCCGUCUCCCCGCCUGCCCUCACCCCGGCGCCCUCAGCGGGUGAGGAGGGCCCGCCGCCUUUGCCUGAGGCGGGGGCUCCGGGCUGUUCGGGGUCCCGGCCCCCUGAGCUGGAGCCGGAGCGCAGCCUGGGCCGCUUGAGGGGCCGCUUCGAGGACGAGGACGAGGAGCUGGAGGACGAUGAGGAGCUGGAGGACGAAGAGGAGGAGGAGGAGGAAGAGAUGAGCCACUUCUCACUGAGGCUGGAGGGCGGCCGGCCGGACUCCGAGGACGAGGAGGAGCGCCUGAUUAAUCUCUCUGAGCUGACCCCGUACAUCUUGUGUUCCAUUUGCAAAGGUUACUUAAUAGAUGCAACUACCAUUACAGAAUGUCUUCAUACAUUUUGUAAAAGCUGCAUUGUAAGACAUUUUUACUAUAGCAACAGAUGUCCAAAAUGCAACAUAGUAGUACAUCAGACACAACCACUCUAUAACAUAAGGUUGGACCGACAAUUACAAGACAUAGUGUACAAAUUAGUGAUCAAUCUAGAGGAAAGAGAAAAAAAGCAAAUGCAUGAUUUCUAUAAAGAAAGAGGUCUAGAAGUACCUAAACCUGCUGUUCCACAGCCAGUCCCUUCAAACAAAGGAAGAUCUAAGAAAGUCUUAGAAUCGGUGUUUCGUAUUCCACCUGAGCUUGAUAUGUCUUUAUUACUAGAGUUCAUUGGUGCUAAUGAAGGCACAGGACAUUUUAAGCCAUUGGAAAAGAAGUUUGUCCGAGUUUCAGGAGAAGCAACUAUUGGGCAUGUAGAAAAAUUCCUCAGAAGAAAGAUGGGUCUUGAUCCAGCUUGCCAGGUCGAUAUUAUCUGUGGUGACCACUUGUUGGAGCGAUACCAAACUCUGAGGGAAAUUCGACGUGCAAUCGGUGAUGCAGCAAUGCAGGAUGGUCUGCUGGUCCUUCAUUAUGGUCUUGUGGUUUCUCCUCUGAAAAUUACUUGAAGAUUCUAGGAGUAUUAUGAGGAGGGAAACAAAAUAAGGAGGCUUCUUAAGGAUUGCAUCUCACCAAAGAUUUUCAUGAAACGUAAUUGCUACCACUUUGUGCAUUCGAGACAUAAUUUAUCUAUUUUCAGCACCAAGAAUCAUAGCAUUUAUAAGUACAACUUGGAAUGAUGAAAUGCAUUCUGUUUUACUAGAGACUACAUAAAAAGCAUCCAUAGCUCAGGGGAAAAAUUUCAAAGCAUCAAAUUUUUAAUUCCUUGUGAUUUCAAAUGCUUUGACAUUGGUUUGCUUCCUAAUCUCUGAGGUAAAUCUGUUAUUAUUUUCUUUGUUGAGCCAUCAUCCUUUCAAGUUGGUGGUUAGGAUUUUGCUCUCUGGAAUGGUAUCAGUUGGGCAGUCAUCCUUUUGGGAAAGAAGUAUGCUUUUGAACUGAAGAUUCAAAGCCAGUCUUUGUGAAAUUACAGAGUGUACCUCUCAGACAAAGACCAAAACUAUUGGCAACUUUUAUGUGUUGCCAUCAUACUUUGAACUUGUAUGUUUUUUUGUUUUUUUUUUUUACCAGCAAACACUACUAAAGAGGUGUUAUUCACUUCUAAAAGGAAUGAAUUGUCAUUAUUCUGUUUGAAGACACUGUCUUCUGUAGGGUUUAUGGCCUGUACCAUAAGCCUUUAAUAAAGACUUUAACAUAUCUUCUACAAGGGGUCCCUCUUUGCAACUAUAUUUUUAUUCUUUGAAUGUUAAUUUGAUUAGCAUUCAUUUUAUUUGAGUAUAUAAUAUGACUGUCUACUUAAAAUGGCACUGCUUCUGAAAGUAAUAAAAAAAUCUGAAUUUGAGAA